AUGGAUGCUAUGUUUAAUGACGAUGGCAAGUCAAAGCUAGAGAGCCUUGUAAAGAAAGAAGUUGCGUCAAAGCUUGAGAGUCCUAUAGAGGAAGAAGCCUUCAUUUCUAUAAAAGUUUUUGAUGCAUUCCAUGAUGAGGGGUGCAUUGAUUUGCAUCCAGAUAAAACAAACGUUGAAAUUAAUUCUCAAUAUUUAAUCCCUGAUGAGCUUCUCCGAAAUGAGAUGUUAUCGAGUCUAAAUGCCUACCAGAGAAAAAGCAUCACCACACAUCCAUCAGCAAUCCGUGCAGAAGAAACUACUGAUGAAAAUUUGAAUGAUAAAAUGUCUGAGUUUGUUGUUGAAGAUGAUUUUCAAAAGACAUACAAAGAGAAUGCUGGAUUGAGUUCAAAUCAGAGUUGCAUGGAGAGGAUUAGGCGACCAUCCAAAUUCAAGGAGUCGCCAUACACGAGUAACUUUGGUUUAACAGCCGGGAGCUCAGGAGGGAAGAUACGUAUAUUCUCCCAGAAACAUCCAUAUGUUUAUCACCCAAUUGAUGGGAUAGUGGAUACGAAGAUUGUCAAGAAGUUCAUGGAUUGGAUUUCUGUUGACCUUCUAAAAGUUCAUGCUAAAAGGAAGGGAAAAGUGGAUCAUUACAAAAAGGGCAAAUCAGCCAUUGAAAUGAUGCAAUUUGGAGUUGAGACUAUUGAAGAUAAAAACUGGUUCUACACUAUGGGGUUAUCCAAUCAGUCAUGGACAGGCUCGAGGAAGAAGUCGAAGUAUGAGCCCAACAGCUCUUACAAAUACAACACAUUAGAUUGCAAUUUUAUGAACAUAAUUAGUUCUGUGAUGGAUAUUUACUCUGUGGAUGAUCCAAACCUAAAUGCGGGAGGACAGGAGGCCCAUCUUCACAAAUACAUCAAUGGCUUCCGUAUGUAUAUUGCAGUGCCAGGGCAUACUGUGGAAGAUAUUUAUAUUCCAGUGAAUAGAAAGGAAAAACAUUAUUGGGUUCUCACAGUUUUUUCCUUCUCAAAGAGGUGUAUAUUCUUAUAUGAUUCAUAUGAAUCAAGUGGUCAUUAUGCGGCUGUUCUUGCUGAGAUAAAAAAAUUAGCUGAUAUUAUUUCUUUGUGUCUCCAAGCUUGUAAUUUCUAUGAAAAGAAAAGUAUUAAUCUACAAAAACAUCCGAGAUACAAAGAUAAAGACCCCUCAGAUCUUUUUGAUGUGAUAUUUGAAGAUAAUUUGCCUUAA